CGCGCUCUCAUUGGCUGAGCGCUCCGUGACGUCAUCUAAAGGCGCCGCGCGGCUUCGCGGAGGCUUCUGGGUAGCGGCUUACCCCCGCCCCCCGCGCAGGCGACUUCCUUUCCGCCGCUGACGCCGCCGAGGUCGCACGCGCAAGGCCGCUCCGCCGUCGCCGAGAUGCGCUACGUCGCCUCUUACCUGCUGGCCGCCCUCGGGGGCAACUCGUCCCCCAGCGCCAAGGACAUAAAGAAGAUCCUGGACAGCGUGGGCAUCGAGGCGGACGAUGACCGGCUCAACAAGGUCAUCAGUGAGCUGAAUGGGAAAAACAUUGAGGACGUGAUCGCCCAGGGCAUUGGCAAGCUGGCCAGUGUGCCAGCUGGUGGUGCUGUUGCUGUCUCUGCUGCCCCUGGAGCCGCAGCCCCUGCUUCUGGCUCUGCCCCUGCUGCAGCAGAAGAGAAGAAGGAGGAGAAGAAAGAGGAAUCUGAGGAGUCUGAUGAUGACAUGGGAUUUGGCUUGUUCGAUUAAUCACCGCUCUAAUAAAACACUUUUCUAGACCUGA